AUGGUUUGUGCUGCUCAAAUGCAAUCUCAAGUUAAUUUACAUUCCAGUUUUGCUAUUCAAGCUGGAACUGAUCAAAUAAAGGUUAUGAGAAAUAUGCGCAAUUUAUAUUUUUUGAUUCAACAUAAUUUGUCUACAAAUAUAUUUGAAGAUUUAUGUAAGCUAUCUGAAAUUCAAUAUCGCAAAGAACAAAAUCAAUUUGAAUGUAGUAAUAAAACUUUAAAU